AUGCGGCGAAACUCCCAUGAAUCUACGAUAAACGACUCCCUCGGCUCCUCGAACAGGACGGAGGACGGGACAGAGCCCAUGGCCUUAAGCAGGGGAUCGCAGACAACGGAAGCGGUGGUUUCCCGCUCGCAACCACAGGCUCAGAGCGAUAAUAGCAGUGGUUCUGCUGCGAGGAGAACACGAACUGCAUCAUCAUCGAGGCAAAGGGCUCUAGUGUCGCCCAUCGAUGCCUCCCUGACUCUGUGGAGCGACGGGAGACGGGAGCGCGUGGCCGAGCUCGAGGAGGAGCUCCGACUGUGGGACGCCAGGCGGCGGCAGCAGCAGCAGCAACGGCGAGAAGAGGAUGAGAACCAGGAACAACAGCAGACGAGGCGACAUCGCCAGGAGGGUGAAAGCGCGACAGGGAGAGACGCCACGCCAGCCGGACAAGGAGGAGGAGGAGUAGGAGGAGGAGUAGGAGGAGGAGGCGAGAGCGUUGCGGCCGCGCCCACCACACCAGCACCGACGGCGGCGGCAGGGGGGGCACCGUCGCCAACCCCAACGGCCAGAAUCCCAAGAGCAACAGCACAGCCGCCCAGUCGAGACCACCACGGCGGCGGUGCAGCACCAGCACCAGCACCAGCACCAGCGGUAGCAGCGGUAGCAGUAGAAGGCACCGCUACUACUGCAGGGGCAAGCGCCAGACCUGGCGACGCAGCAGGCGCUCGGGAUCGUCGCCACCCUCGCGGUGGUUCUUCCUCGACCACCCUCGAGGACAGGCUGGGGCGGUGGGGUGCCGGGUGGAGGCCGCCGCCGUUGCGGCCACUUCCCCGGGGGGGGGAGGGGUUUUUCUCGGGGUGGACUCACUUGGGCCAGCCGGAGCGGUUCGAGCUGGUGAAGAGCGCCAACAGGUCGGUCGGGCCUGACGGGGAACCCCUUUCGGACCCGGAGCUGGAAUGGGCGGUGCUGUGUCUCGAGGAAGCCGAGGAGCGCAUGUCGGCCAUGGAUUUCUCCACAGCGGCAGGCAUUCUCGAGGGCGUGCUGGGAAGAUGCCCUGGUCUGACCCUCGCCUACUACCGGCUGGCAUUGUGUAUCCUGGCCGCGAGGGGCGAGCAUGGCUCGAGACAGGCGAAGCUCUUGCUCGACUGCGCCAUGUCCCUGGAGGGCGCGGAGAACCGACACCUCAGCGCCGGCGUUGAUCUAGUGCUGAGAAUACUCCGGUAGGGAUCUGUUGCGUUUUUUCAAUGUGUUCGUUUGGGGGGCGGUUGUGCUUGUCCAGCAGCGGGGUGGCAGCUCGAUGUUUUUUCUUUCAUGGUUGAGUCGCGGUCUCCAGAGAGAAAACCGGAAGGGGGAGCGUGAUUUCGCUUGGCUUGUGUUGGCGACCGGGGGUGCGUGCGUGUAUUUUUCCGGCGGUGGCACAAGAUGGGUCCGGGUGUACCUUCGCCUGCUGCUAUGGUGCCAUGCCCGUAAGCUUGCGGUUUGACAAUGCCAUCGCUCUGUACGGAUGCCACGACAUGGCGACCGUUGACUCCUCGGCACGGCGGAGAAAUCGAUUAAAUCUCGGGGAUUGUCAAACGAGGGGUGUAUUGCCGGACGGGGAAUCAGUCGCCCCUCCUGCAUCUCUCUGCCGCUCGAA